CAGUUGUGUACAAUUGUCUGUCUUUGGUUUAUGACCAACUUACGAGUGCGAAUAAGAUUAUUUCAUCAGUGAAAUACGGAAAAUGUCAGCCACACAAAGUGAGUUUGAGGAUUCAGGAGAGAUGAGCGACUGUGAGUUAAAAUUUCUACAGUCUCUUUUUGGCGUUCUCCAUGAACAUCAAAAGGUUUUGCCAGCGUUACCAGAAAUGUGCAAAAGGUUAAUAACCGCGCAAACAAAUAUGCCAAAGGAGCCUCAUGACAAUGGUAAUUUUGACUUAUUCAGGGAAUAUGAGAAAGACAUUCUCGCGAAAAGAAAAUAUGGAGAUUUGGUUAAUUUAAAGGACCAACUGGCGGAAAAAGAAGAAAGAAUUGCUAUCCUGAAAGAUGAAAUGAAGAAAGAAAAGGAGAGUUUGGAAAAAAUGCUUUCUGACAAAGAUAAACAUUUUAACCGUAUGUACGAGCAUUGCAAAACCCAAGAGCAGAAUCACAGAUUAAGUAACGACAAGUACAUAGCAGAGCUCAGAGCCAAGGAGGAAGAACUCAAACAGUAUCGGGAAAGAAUAGCUCGGCUUGAAGGUUCACUAAACUCGAAGGAAUCAAUGCUGACUACGACAAGGUAAGAAGUAUCACCCUUUGUCAGAGUUGGUCAAAAUAUAAACCGCAACAAUUAAUAACGAGAAAGUGAAAAAAAUAACUUAUUGCUUUUACAUAGAAGGAAAAUCGUGUCAGAAUUAUCUUGUUCCCUAUUCUCUUACUAGUGGAAUCGCAUAAUUGAAUAAAAUCUCGCAUUCUGAUUGGUUAACGAAGCGAAGCAUUUGGCGUGGAAUUGCAAUUAUCGCUUCACGUUUCGUGCGAUUCGGUUUUCGUAUUCAAUUAAACGCGGAAUUCCCUCGUCAGGUAAUACAUUUUCCUAUAAAACUCACAUCAGGCGAAUUAUUUCAGGCCAUUUAUUUAAUGAGGCAUAAAGAUUUAAAUAAACAAUUAAAACUGACAACAAAUAUAUAUGAAAUACACAUA